AUGCGUUUCACUCUCGCUUGCCUCGCUGCCCUUGCGUCUUCCGCGGCCGCCUAUAUGGUCAACGCCCCAAUGACUGGUGAUCAAGUCCCCAUUCAGGCGGGAACCAUAAUUACAUGGUCUGCUGUUGACACCGAUCAACCAACAUUUGAUCUCUGGCUUGUCAACAUGCGACACUUCGAACCCUAUGCAAGGCAGAUCGGCCAAGGUAUCAACCGGGAUGCCCAGACCUACCGAGUCCAAGGUGUGAGCGGUGUCCCGCCGAACACUGGGUAUCAAUUCAACUUUGUCCGUCACGGCGCCGAUGCGAAUGAAGCCAAGGAGCGUCCGUUGGCUCAGUCAGGAGACUUUACUGUUUAUGGGGAAGGUACUGUUUGA